UGAGCUUACUUUCCUGUUGCCCACUGUAUCCUCAUAGAAAAGGGGGUUUUGCCCAAGGUGAGGCAAUAGGGGAAGGUCCCUGUAAGGAGAAACAGAGUUGUCAGUCACUGCUGAGUUAGUGCCUACCUCAUCAUGGAACAUUUCAAGUGAACUCGACAAAGAUUCUUACCUGACCCUCGAUGAACCGAUGAAUAACAUCACCACGUCCCUCGGGCAGACGGCGGAACUGCACUGCAAAGUCUCUGGGAACCCACCUCCCACCAUCCGCUGGUUCAAAAAUGACGCCCCUGUGGUACAGGAGCCCCGGAGGAUCUCCUUCCGGGCCACCAACUACGGCUCCAGGCUGCGGAUUAGAAACCUCGACACCACGGACACAGGCUACUUCCAGUGUGUGGCAACGAAUGGCAAGAAAGUGGUUUCUACCACUGGAGUCUUGUUCGUCAAGUUUGGGCCCCCUCCCACCGCAAGUCCAGGAUCCUCAGAUGAGUAUGAAGAAGAUGGAUUCUGUCAGCCAUACAGAGGGAUUGCAUGUGCAAGAUUUAUUGGCAACCGCACUGUCUAUAUGGAGUCUUUGCACAUGCAAGGGGAAAUAGAAAAUCAGAUCACAGCUGCCUUCACCAUGAUCGGCACCUCCAGCCACUUAUCUGAUAAGUGCUCUCAGUUCGCCAUUCCUUCCCUGUGCCACUACGCCUUCCCGUACUGCGACGAGACGGCGUCCAUCCCGAAGCCCCGAGACUUGUGUCGCGAUGAAUGUGAAAUCCUGGAAAAUGUCCUGUGUCAAACAGAGUACAUUUUUGCGAGAUCCAAUCCCAUGAUCCUGAUGAGGCUGAAACUGCCAAACUGUGAAGAUCUCCCCCAGCCCGAGAGCCCGGAGGCCGCAAACUGCAUCCGGAUUGGAAUUCCCAUGGCGGAUCCUAUCAAUAAAAAUCACAAGUGCUAUAACAGCACAGGUGUGGACUAUCGGGGGACAGUCAGUGUGACCAAAUCAGGACGCCAGUGCCAGCCGUGGAAUUCCCAGUACCCACACACACACACCUUUACUGCCCUCCGUUUCCCGGAGCUGAACGGGGGCCAUUCCUACUGCCGCAAUCCAGGGAAUCAGAAGGAGGCUCCUUGGUGCUUCACCUUGGAUGAAAAUUUCAAGUCUGACCUGUGCGACAUCCCAGCAUGUGAUUCAAAGGAUUCCAAGGAGAAGAAUAAAAUGGAAAUCUUGUACAUACUGGUGCCAAGUGUUGCCAUUCCUCUGGCCAUUGCUCUGCUCUUCUUCUUCAUUUGUGUCUGCCGCAAUAACCAGAAGACCUCAUCCCCGCCUGUCCAGAGGCAACCGAAGCACGUCAGAGGUCAAAACGUGGAGAUGUCAAUGCUGAAUGCGUAUAAACCCAAGAGCAAGGCUAAAGAGCUACCCCUCUCGGCUGUACGUUUUAUGGAAGAACUGGGUGAAUGUGCCUUUGGAAAGAUCUAUAAGGGCCAUCUCUAUCUCCCGGGCAUGGACCAUGCUCAGCUGGUCGCCAUAAAGACCUUGAAAGACUACAACAACCCCCAGCAGUGGACAGAGUUUCAGCAGGAAGCCUCCCUGAUGGCCGAACUGCAGCACCCCAAUAUCGUCUGCCUUCUAGGCGCCGUCACUCAGGAGCAACCGGUGUGUAUGCUUUUCGAGUACAUGAAUCAGGGGGAUCUCCACGAGUUCCUCAUCAUGCGGUCCCCGCAUUCCGAUGUCGGCUGUAGCAGCGAUGAAGACGGGACCGUCAAAUCCAGCCUGGAUCACGGAGAUUUUCUGCACAUCGCAAUCCAGAUCGCUGCGGGCAUGGAGUACCUGUCUAGUCACUUCUUCGUCCAUAAGGACCUUGCGGCUCGCAAUAUUUUAAUCGGGGAGCAGCUUCAUGUAAAGGUUUCAGACCUCGGGCUUUCCAGAGAGAUCUACUCUGCCGAUUACUACAGGGUACAGAGUAAGUCUCUGCUGCCCAUUCGCUGGAUGCCCCCUGAAGCCAUCAUGUAUGGCAAAUUCUCGUCUGAUUCAGAUAUCUGGUCCUUUGGGGUCGUCUUGUGGGAGAUUUUCAGUUUCGGACUGCAGCCCUACUACGGAUUCAGCAACCAAGAAGUGAUCGAGAUGGUGAGGAAGCGACAGCUGUUGCCGUGCUCCGAAGACUGCCCGCCCAGAAUGUACAGCCUCAUGACGGAGUGCUGGAACGAGAUUCCCUCCAGGAGACCCAGAUUUAAAGAUAUUCACGUCCGGCUGCGCUCCUGGGAGGGACUGUCCAGUCACACCAGCUCUACGACCCCUUCGGGGGGAAAUGCCACCACGCAGACCACCUCCCUUAGCGCCAGCCCAGUGAGUAAUCUCAGUAACCCCAGAUACCCCAAUUACAUGUUCCCGAGCCAGGGUAUCACGCCACAGGGCCAGAUUGCUGGUUUCAUUGGCCCACCGAUACCUCAGAACCAGCGAUUCAUCCCCAUCAAUGGAUACCCAAUACCUCCUGGAUAUGCGGCGUUUCCAGCCCCCCACUAUCAGCCGGCAGGUCCUCCCAGAGUGAUUCAGCAUUGCCCGCCUCCCAAGAGUCGGUCCCCGAGCAGCGCCAGUGGGUCCACGAGCACCGGUCAUGUGACCAGCUUGCCCUCUUCGGGAUCCAACCAGGAAGCCAAUAUUCCCUUACUACCGCACAUGUCCAUUCCAAAUCAUCCCGGUGGAAUGGGUAUCACCGUUUUUGGCAACAAAUCCCAAAAACCCUACAAAAUAGACUCAAAGCAACCAUCUUUGCUAGGAGACUCCAAUAUUCAUGGACACACCGAAUCUAUGAUUUCCGCAGAACUGUAAGAUGCACGACUUUUGUAAAUGUGGUAUCCAGGAAAAACUAGAAAGCUGUAGGAAAGAUUUAAAUUCAAAGGUUUUUGUUUUUGUUUUUGUU